AUGACGGCUCAUGAUGCGUGGCAACGCCUUGUUGCAGGUUAUGCUAGUGCCUCCCGAGGACGUAUUAUCUCCCUCAAGGCCAAGCUAACCAGAAACCCGAGCGGUUUUCGGUCUAUCUCAGCAUAUCUCAAUGAUAUGCGAGCCAUAACUGACGAUCUUGCCUUGGCACAAUGUCCGGUGUCUGAGGACGAUUUGCUCGUGUACAUUCUGACUCAGUUAGGAGAAGAGUACAACUCCAUCAUUUCUGCAGUCCGCGUUCGUGAGAAACCUCUCUCGUUGGGUGAGUUAGCCGAUGUCUUAACUGACCAUGAACGUCAGUUGAAGGAUGCAGAUGAUUCACGCCAGUUGCUAGCAACUGCCAAUGCUACCCAGCGGACUUCGUCCCCUCGGAACAAGCGACAGUCGAACUUCAAUCGCAAUGCUCGUACCAAUACUAACAAUUACAGAGCCAACAGAUCGACUUGGCAACAAGGUGACACUAAUCGGCCCACUGUUACAUGCAAGUUUUGUAACUUUGCAGGACAUGAGACGAAAGUUUGCCGCAAGCUGGCUAGGUUCCUGAAAGAGCAUAACGUCCUCACCACCCAGAUACCACCUACAGCCCAGUCUGCGCAAGAUCUUCAAACCGGGACUACGCUACUGAAGGGAGUGAACAAUAAUGGUGUCUACUAUGGACCUGUUGCGUCUCACCCAACAGUACACACUGCGCAGUUGUCCUCUUUGUCUCAGUGGCACCAACAGCUUGGUCAUCCGUCCAAUAAGGUGUUGCAACGCUGUAAUGUUCCAGUUUCUAUGUCAUCUCUGCGAAAAUUCUACUACUCUUCCUGCAAUAUUCAUAAAAGCCAUAAGCUGCCUUUUGCCAAAAAUACUCUAGUUAGCACUAAACCUCUACAGUUAGUCUAUACUGAUGUAUGGGGACCUACGGGAAAGUCUAUUGAUGAGUUUUACUAUUAUCUAAUAUUUGUUGACCACUUUUCGAAAUACAUUUGGUUGUACCCCAUGAAACAUAAUGGGGGAGAAUUUGUAAAACUUAUACCAUUCCUGAACACCCAUGGUAUCUCCCAUUUCACCACCCCACCACACACUCCUGAGCAUAAUGGUGUCGCAGAGCGAUGA